AUGAUCGCCUUCCCAACACUGCUGCUAGCCGCCGUGGUCGCCUGCGUGACGGCCCAGAACGUGACUGUGCAGACUACGGCAGGUCUGUUACGAGGGGUGAGCACCACCACCAUCAACGGGACGGCCUACUACCGAUUCUCGGGAGUGCCUUUCGCUGCGCCACCCGUCGGAGAACUGCGUUUCAAGCCGCCGCAGCCGGUGACACCGUGGGAGGGCGUGCGUGACGCCGUAGAAGAGGCGGAUGACUGCCUGCAGGCGAUGGGUACGCAGCUGUCCGGCUCUGAGGACUGCCUCUACCUCAACCUCUACACGCCAUCGUUGUCCGAGGAGGCGCUCCUGCCGGUCAUGGUGUGGAUCUACGGCGGCCACUUCUGGGCAGGCAGCAGCUCCGCCAGCGAGUACGGCCCAGACUUCCUGCUCGACCAGGGUGUCAUAGUCGUCGCUCUCAAUUACCGCCUGGCAGUCAUGGGUGAGGCGCCGUAG